GCAUCAACACAUACAUGUGUCUCUCAAAAUCUCUCCGCCCCCUUAGAUCCGUUCCUCUCUCUCUCUCUCUCUCUCUCAACCAGCCUCUCUGUUAAACCCUUUUUGAUCUCUCUCUCUCUCUCACUCUCUCUCUCUCUCUCUCUGGUGUUAAUGAAAUUUCCCAGCUUAACAUUUGCAACUGCUGUUUUACUCUCUGCAAUCUCUUGAGAAAAGGUACCUGCUUUACGCAGACAAGUUCAUAGUUUCUGACAAUCAUUAGUUCCUGAAAACCGUCGUCUUGAUCCGGGGCACAUUUCGCUAAUUCAAGGGAAAAAAUCAUUUUUUUUUGCCUUUCUGGGUUAUACUCAAUAGUUUCUAGGGUUCCUUUUAAUUUCAGACUUUUGUUGGGUUCUUUCUCUCAUGUGGGGGGGCCCACUUGAUUGGAUGAGUUUUCAAAGUAGCUUCUUCUUCUAGUAUAGUAUAGUAUUAGCAGUGGUUGAGUGAGAUUGAGCAAUGGGUUGUGUUUGGUGUAAGCCUUCUUCUUCUGCUAUAGAAGACAGCAAAGACGACGACAGCCCAAGAGACCGUUUCUCUAACAAGUCCUCUUCUGAGUCAAGACCUGUUCCUUCUUCUUCUUCUAGAAGACUAGACCCUCCUCUUAGGAGGACAAAGGAGCAGCACCCUGAUGUUGUUGUUAGACCCAAGCAGCAAGCUAAUGUCUCUCGUGUGGAGAAGAGUUUGAGUAGUAGAAAGAAUAAGAAGACAGAGAGUCUUGUUCCACCUCCCAACUUUCCACCUAAUGGUAUCACCAUAGCCAAAGGAGUUGAAGGAGAGUAUGUAGCUGCUGGCUGGCCUCCCUGGUUGGCUUCUGUCGCUGGAGAAGCUAUCAAAGGAUGGGUCCCACGCCGUGCCGAUUCUUUCGAGAAGCUUGACAAAAUUGGGCAGGGUACUUAUAGUAACGUGUACAGAGCUCGAGACCUGGACCAUAAGAAGAUUGUGGCUUUGAAGAAAGUCAGAUUCGAUAACUUGGAGCCUGAGAGCGUGCGUUUCAUGGCGAGAGAGAUCCAGAUUCUGCGCAGGCUCGAUCACCCCAACAUCAUAAAGCUAGAAGGCUUAGUCACAUCAAGAAUGUCUUGCAGCUUGUAUCUUGUUUUCGAGUACAUGGAGCAUGAUCUCGCCGGACUCGCCUCCCAUCCCGCUGUUAAAUUCUCUGAAUCGCAGGUUAAAUGCUACCUGCAGCAGCUGUUACGCGGACUAGACCAUUGUCACACUCGCGGUGUGCUUCACAGGGACAUUAAAGGCUCCAACCUUCUGAUAGAUAACAGCGGAGUUCUGAAGAUUGCUGACUUUGGCUUAGCUAGCUUCUUUGAUCCUCAUCAGACUCAGCCUUUGACUAGCCGUGUGGUGACACUCUGGUACCGCCCGCCUGAGCUUUUGCUCGGAGCAACUCGUUAUGGAGCAGCUGUUGAUCUGUGGAGCACAGGCUGUAUUCUUGCUGAACUAUAUGCAGGCAAACCUAUUAUGCCUGGUAGAACCGAGGUGGAACAGCUGCAUAAGAUUUUCAAGCUAUGUGGCUCGCCUUCAGAGGACUACUGGGUUAAAUCCAGGUUGCCUCAUGCAACCAUCUUCAAGCCUACGCAGCCGUAUAAACGCAUUGUUGAUGAAACGUUCAAGGAGUUUCCUCAGCCAGCUUUAGCCCUUCUUGAAACUCUGCUUUCAGUUAAUCCAGACGAUCGUGGGACUGCCGACUCAGCGCUUCAGAGUGAGUUCUUUUCCGCUAGACCUCUGCCAUGUGACCCUUCAAGCUUGCCUAAGUAUCCUCCCAGCAAAGAGCUCGAUGCGAGGAUGCGCGAUGAAGAAAGUAGAAGACAAGCUGGAGGAAACAAGGGUGACCAAAGACACCAAGAAAGGAGAGGGACUAAGGACUCUCGAGCCAUCCCUGCUCCUGACGCAAAUGCAGAGCUGGUUGCAUCAAUGCAGAAGAGACAGAGCCAGGCCCAGGCUUCUAAUAAUAGAAGCAGAAGCGAAAAGUUUAAUCCACAUCCUGAAGAAGUUGCAUCUGGUUUCCCGAUCGAUCCACCAAGAUCAUCAUCACAAGCAUUUGAACCAAACAGAGAAUCUCAGGGCAACAUUAUGGUUCCUCACAAGAGAGCUUCACAUUCUGGUCCUCUGACGCGUAGAUCUGCUUCCGCAAAGGGUAGAAGGAACUACCAAGAUCCCUCCUCUCAGAAAGUUUCAUCCAUAGCUGGCUUUGCUGCUACAAGAACAGGUGCUGCAUCACAGCAAGAGACUUUCAGAGGAAUGAGUCGGCUUCCAGGUUCAUUCAAGGAAGCCUCUGAAGAAGCAAACCAAGAAGAGAAUGGUAGAAGCAACAAGAAAGACCCAAUUCUUUUGGGUUAUGGAUCAAAAGGGCACAAGAUUCAUUACUCGGGACCUUUGGUGGUUCCAUCAGGAAACAUGGAUCAGGUGCUAAAAGACCAUGACCGACACAUCCAAGAAGCUGUGAGAAGAGCAAGAAUUGAUAAGGCUCGAGUUAAGAAACAUCAAGCUGAAGAAGAAGCAUCGAGCCAACAAGUGUCAACCAAUCAUCCCUCAUCUGUUUCUAGCCGUUGACCAUCUCUCAGAGGCAAAAAGUAUAUUAUCAAAAAUUCAUUUGCUUGAAACUUGUUAGCACGGGGUAUUUUGAGUGAAAAAAAUAAUGUAAUUUUUGUUGAUUCAUGAUCAUAGAACCAAGUCGUGUCACGUUUU